AUGGCCACCUUCCCACCCCUCCAGAACGACCUCAUCCUCCGCGCAGCCCGCGGCGAACAGGUCGAACGUCCCCCAAUGUGGGUCAUGCGCCAAGCCGGCCGCUACCUCCCCGAAUACCACAAAGUCCGUGCCGGACACGACUUCUUCGAAAUGUGCCGCACCCCCGAAAUCGCUUCUACAAUCACCCUCCAGCCUAUUGAGCGAUACGAAGAUCUCGACGCCGCAAUUAUCUUUUCGGAUAUCUUGGUGAUUCCGCAGGCGAUGGGGAUGGUUGUUGAGAUGGUCGAGAAGAAGGGACCACAUUUUCCUGAACCAUUGGAUACGCCGGAGGAUGUGGCGAAGUUGAAGAGACUUGGGGAGGGGUGUGAUGUGAAGAAGGAGCUUGGAUACGUGUUUGAGGCGCUCACCCUCACCCGACAAAAACUUGCUGGACGAGUGCCCUUGCUCGGAUUCAUCGGUGCCCCAUGGACAUUGAUGGCCUACAUGAUCGAAGGCGGCGGCAGCAAGACCUUCACAAAGGCAAAGUCAUGGCUGUUCAAGUACCCCGAAGACUCCCAGAAGCUGUUGCAGGACAUCACCGAUGUGGCAGUUGAGUUCUUGGCACAACAAGUCGUUGCAGGUGCACAGAUGGUCCAGGUCUUUGAUUCGUGGGCAGGAGAGUUGAGUCCGGUGGAGUUUGCAGAGUUCUCGUUAUCGUACCUCCGACAGAUUUCUAAGCGUGUUCCGGAGCGGUUGGCGGAGUUGGGACAGGAGCGGGUGCCUAUGACCGUGUUUGCAAAGGGUGCGUGGUACGCUCUUGAGGCUCUCUGCGAUUCCGGGUACAAUGUCGUCGGACUCGACUGGACCCAUGAUCCUGCUGAGGCAAGGAAGAUCGCAAACGGACGUGUCACUCUGCAAGGAAACAUGGACCCGAAUGUGUUGUACGGUGGAAAGGCGGCAAUCGACAAGGCCGUCAAGAGAAUUGUUGAAGGCUUCGGUGGUGGAAAGCAAGGAUACAUUGUCAACUUGGGUCAUGGAGUCACGCCGGGUGUCAACCCUGAAGAUUUGGGCUUCUUCUUGAGGAAGAACCAUGAGUAUGGAUCUGCGUAG